AUGUAUGCUUUUGGAUUUUCAAUUGAUUUCUUUUGUGUUCUUGAAGAAAUGAACAACGAGAAGAAGAAAGCAAAUAGAAGACUCAAGUCUGUCAGAGAAGACCGCAUCAGUGAGUUGCCUGAUGCGAUUAUCAUCCAUGUCCUCUCUCUUUUGGCAUCAACAAAAAUAUGUGUAAAGACUUCAGUUUUGUCUAAAAGAUGGCACCAUCUUUGGACCUAUGUGCCUAACAUCAUUCUCUCUCGAUAUGACUUCCUAUGUAACGAACCUAAGCACCGCAUCAUAAAAAGAGUGCUCAACAAAACACUAGCCCUCCACUCUUCUUCAAAGCUCAACAAAUUCUCCAUCGAAAUUGAUUUACGCAAACUGUAUCCUUCAAUUGAGUCCUGGCUUCAACUAGCUGUGGGAAGGGCAGUUGAGUCGCUUACAUUAGAAUUUAGUGGAAGCUCGACUCGUUAUUUGUUGCCUCAAUUCCUAUACUCUAAUUCCAAUAUCCGACGUUUAACUACUACGUUUUGCGAAUUUGUGCCUGAGGAGAGAAUUUCAUGGUCAGCCCUUAAAGAGUUGAGCAUAGGGCAAGCAACUUUGAAUGAUGAAGUCAUUCAAAAUAUUUUGUAUGGGACUCCAGUUCUUGAAGACUUGCAGUUGAACUUCUGCUACGGAAUCAAAUUGCUCGACUUAUCUUUAAAACCUAAGUUGAAAAACUUGGCCAUAAAUGUUGGGCAUAGUGACUAUUAUUUUGAGCUUAAAAUUUUGGGUCCUUAUGUUGAGACUUUAAAAAUUUACCUCACGUUUAGUUAA